AUGGCAGUCUGGGGAAGGAGGAACCGACCCAAGUUACUCUUCCUUCUCUUUGGAGCCGCUUUGGCAGGAUAUGUCCUAUUUUUCAGGAACAGCUCCGGAGACGUGAGUGAGGCAAACCGACGAGAGGCCUCUGGAGAGGUUACGAAUGAACAGUUAAAGAAACCCGUCUAUGAGAAGCCCCCACUGGAUUUAAAUGCCUUGGGUGAAAUGGGGAGGGCUGUCAAACUCAAUCUGAAAGGAGAGGAGAAGCUAAAAGAAGAAGAAAGCAUCAAAAAACAUCAGAUAAACAUUUAUGUCAGUGAUAAAGUGUCACUUCACCGCAGGCUGCCAGAGAGAUGGAACCCACUUUGCAGAACACUGAAGUAUGACUACCGGUCCUUGCCAACAACCUCUGUGGUGAUUGCUUUCUACAACGAGGCAUGGUCCACCCUACUGAGGACAAUCCACAGUGUGCUGGAGACGUCCCCCGACAUCCUGCUGAAAGAGGUGGUGCUGGUGGACGACUACAGCGACAGAGCUCACCUAAAGGAGCCAUUGGAGAACUACAUCUCAAAUUUGAGGAAGGUGCGUCUGAUCCGGGCCACGAAGAGAGAGGGAUUAGUGCGGGCCAGGCUGCUAGGGGCAUCCAUUACCACGGGUGAUGUGUUGACCUUUCUGGACUGUCACUGCGAGUGUCAUGAGGGCUGGUUAGAGCCCCUGCUUCACAGGAUCAAAGAGGAGCCAUCAGCUGUGGUGUGUCCUGUCAUUGAUGUGAUAGACUGGAACACCUUUCAGUAUUUAGGGAACUCUGGUGAACCUCAGAUUGGGGGGUUUGAUUGGCGGUUGGUCUUUACCUGGCACACCGUCCCAGACCAAGAGCAGCAACGCCGUCGCUCAGACAUUGAUGUCAUCAGAUCUCCUACUAUGGCAGGUGGUCUGUUUGCUGUGAGCAAGAACUACUUCCAUUAUCUGGGGACGUAUGACACAGGGAUGGAGGUCUGGGGAGGAGAGAAUCUGGAGUUCUCCUUCAGGAUUUGGCAGUGUGGGGGCAGCCUGGAGAUCCACCCAUGCUCCCAUGUGGGUCAUGUGUUUCCCAAAAAGGCCCCUUACUCACGGAGCAAGGCUCUUGCGAACAGCGUGAGAGCUGCUGAGGUCUGGAUGGAUGAAUACAAAGAAGUCUACUACCAUCGAAAUCCCCACGCACGACUGGAGGCUUUUGGAGACGUGACGGAGCGGAAGAAGCUUAGAGAGAAGCUGGGCUGUAAGAACUUCAGGUGGUACCUGGAUAAUGUUUACCCUGAUAUUCACGUCCCCGAGGAUCACCCAGGCAUGUUUGGAAUGCUGAAAAACCGUGGCAAGACCAACUACUGUUUUGACUACAACCCUAAAGAUGAACAUGUGGUGGAGGGCCAAAGAGUCAUCCUCUAUCCGUGCCACGGCAUGGGUCAGAACCAGUUCUUUGAAUACUCCGCGGAUGGUGAGAUCCGCUACAACACCAGGGAACCUGCUGGAUGCAUUGUGGGUGACAACAUCAGCACAUACCUGACUGUCCAGCUGUGCAGAAAGCGAGGGAAACCUUUGCCAGUGGACCAAAAAUUUGUCUUCCGAGAGGAUGGCAGCCUGUACCACGUGACAAGCCAGAAGUGUGUUCAAGCGGUGGAUAAGACCGACAAUGGGACGCCAGCCCCAUCACUCCAACCCUGCUCUGACAGUCUCCACCAAAAGUGGUUCUUUGAGGAGAGAAUGUAAUGGUAUCAUCUUAGCAUAUUCAGUAAUAUUUUAAUUCAAGGUCCAUAUCCUGAGGAGGGAUUUGACUGGAUUGAAUUGCUAAAUGUUUUUUGAUAUGUUUGCCUUGCCCUAAAAGGAGCCCAAAGGAGGAGGCACAUGUGCUCUCCUCCAAACAUCAAUGUUUGCACAUUUUUGUGCCAGCUGGAUUUA